AUGAGGCCACUAGGCAACAGCCAAUCAGAUACAAGUCAAGCAGACAUGCAGCAAAUAGGCACGAGACAAUCAGGAACAAGCCAAACAGGCAUGAACCAACCAAGCACAAGUCAACCAUGCACAUGGCAACCAGGCCUGAGACAACUAGGCUCAAGACAAUCAGGCAUGUGGCAACCAGAUAGGAACCAACUAGUCUCGAGUCAAGAUGGCACGAGGCAACCAGGCACAAGCCAAUCAAGUAUGAGCCAAGCAGGCAUAAGCCAACUAUGCAGGUGUCAGCCAGGCAUGUGGCAACCAGGCCCAAAUCGUCCAGGCCUGAGCCAACCAGGCCUAAGUCAACUAAGCAGGAGCCAACCAGACCUGAGCCAAUCAGGGUCGAGUCAACCAGGCAGUAGCCAAUCAAAUGUCAUCCAACCAUACAGAAGUCUAUCAGGCACGAGGCAACCAAGUAUGAAUUCUUUCCGAAUAAGACCUGCAGAAGCUGGAGAUUGCUCCGAAAUUUUGCACCUGAUUAAAGAAUUGGCUGCCUGUGAAAACAGGCUAGAUGCAGUGAAGUUAACAGCAAUUGAUUUACUCAGGGAUGGCUUUGGGGACAAUCCCCUUUUCUACUGCCUGAUUGCAGAAGGAAACAAUCAACAAAAACCACCAGGCAAAGUGACUGUCGGAUUUGCCAUGUACCACUUUACGUAUGACCCCUGGGUUGGCAAGUUACUUUACCUAGAGGACUUUUAUGUCAUACAAGCUUACCAAGGUCUAGGUAUUGGAGCUGCAAUGCUGAAGAUACUAAGUCAGAUAGCCCUCAGAAACCAAUGUAACUGCAUGCACUUUCUAGUCGUCAUUUGGAAUCAGGCUUCUGUUGAAUAUUAUACUUGUCGAGGGGCUUCAGAUCUUUCCUCUGAGGAGGGCUGGCAUCUAUUCAGAUUUAACAGAGAAGAACUCAUAGACAUGGCAAGGGAAGAAUGAAAGAGGCCUUGUAAAAACUUAUCCCAACAUAUCUUCCAACAUUUGAAUGUCACCUGAGUCUAACAGCAGUU